AUGGCAUCCCCUUCAUUCACCCUCACCCCGAAAACCGCCAAUCCCCCGCGGAACAAAACAAUCCUCAUCACAGGCGGCGGCUCCGGAAUCGGCCUCGCAACAGCCCACUACCUGCACGAAAGGGAAUACAACAACAACGUCGUCGCCGUGGACCUCGCCACAAACCCGCCAGGUGUAGAAGAACUCAAACUCUCCCCUCGCUUUCUGUAUCUCCAAUGCGACGUCACCAGCUGGGCCUCGCAGCGCUCCGCCUUCCAACGCGCAGCAGACUUUUUCGGCCGCAUUGACUGCGUCUUCGUCAAUGCCGGCCUGGCGGAGAUGGGCGAGCAGAUCUUCACGGAUGCUACUGAUCGUCAGGGGCAAUUGCAGGAACCGGAUAGGCGCACGAUCGACGUUGACAUUCGCGCCGUGGGCGACAGUUUGAAACUCGCGGUCUACCAUCUGCGCAACGACAUGGACGCGAAGACGUCGCAGCGACGAGGCUCAGGACGAGGGCAGGGAGGCAGUAUUGUGAUGACGGCUUCUUUGGCGGGGUAUCUGGCGUCGGCGGGCGCGCCGCUUUACUCGGCUGCGAAGCACGGCGUCGUGGGCUACUUGCGAGCUUUGAAGUCCGAUUGUCUCAAAGUCGGGAUUGGCAUUUCCGUUGUUGCGCCUGGGAUUACAUUGACGCCUAUCAUCCUCGGGCGGAAAGAAGGGCAGACGCUGGAGGAUUGGGGUCAGGAUAUGUCGGGGCGGGGAGUUCCUAUCAACAAUGCGGAGACGGUGGCUUUGGUCGUGGCCAACCUGAUGGGACAGGGGACGAAAGCCAAUGGCUCGGGGAUGCUUGUGCAAGCGAAUCGCGUGCAGGAGCUAGAAGGAGGAAUUGCCAAGUCGAGGGCGCAGUGGAUGGGAAAGGAGCACUUGGAGUUGUUUCGAGGUGGCCGUGAUGCACCCUUAUUUCCGAAUAAGCUGUGA